AUGUGGUUACUCGCAGAUUAUUGGGCAUCAUACCUACACCGAAAGAUAAACAUGGAGGCACCUCUCGCGGCACCAGCACAAUCCGAACCUCCACAUUCCAAUCUACCUGACUAUGAUCCAACCAAAACGUCCACCUCGCAAUCUGAGUUUCUCACGGAUACCGAGGUUGCUCAAACGGAAACCGCUCUAGCGACAUCGCCUUUGGAAUAUGUGUCUGAUUCCGACCCGCCUCCAACAGAUUCAGAGUCUGCGCAAUUGGAAUUGCCUCUAUCAGAUCCUGCUAAUUUCAUGUUAGAUGUUAUAAUUCCGGAGAGUGAACUUGAGCGCGAGGAUUGCAUUGCCAACAUAACCGACGCCAUCCUUGCUGAAGGCAUGACCCUCAGGGAAUUUAUAAUGACGGUUGAGCCAUCGGCCUCCACCCUUUUCAGAUCCAGCCCGCAUCCGUCUCAAAGCUUGAUUGUCCAUAGGACAGUCAAUAUCAUCAACUUUAUCAAUAGCCAGCACAUGACCAUUUACGAUUUCUUGCUCGCCUUACUUACACGCGGCGAACCUGAAAUCUUUCUGCAUCAACGGCAGUUCCGUGGAACUGGAUGGUACUCCCAGAGGGCGAUUCGCGGCGUGUUCAUAGGCAUGCAAAACCUCAUUUACGGCGCCGGGAAUCAGGAAUCUGUGUGGCGUGAUCUCAUUCAAGCUGAGGCUGAUGCGCUAUCAGUCCAUAAUUUUACAGGUUGA